GGCUGGCCUGGAAGCCUCCCCUCACAGACUCGGUGCCCAGGAGGCUGACCACAGCCCGCCAGCUCGUUCACGGAAGCCGCGCACGCGAAGCGGAGCCCGCCCAGAGGCGACAAGAGUGGCGGGAAGUCACCCCCGCCCCGCCCACUAGCUCCGUGCCGGGGGCGUGGCGAGAACACGCCCCGCCCACGCCGAGCGGCUCCUCUCGGCAACUGGCACAACACAACAAGAUGGCCGCCGCGCCGCCGGUCGCCUGAGGGCCCGCGUCUCCGCGUCGCCCCUCCCGCGAGGCUGUCCCUCCCGUUCCUCAGGCGGUGAAGUGUGCUUCGGCGUCGGCACCAGGCGGGGCGGGCGUGCGGCUAAGGCCGGGAGGCCCCGGGUCAGCGUGAGGUUUUGAUGGCCACCUGGUUUUAUUCUUGCAAUGAAGAAAGGUUCUGAACAAAAGCUCUCCAAAGCAAAGAUGCCACUGUCAUCUCAUUUUUCUGGGCCAUCAUCUCUUAUGUCCAAUAUGCGAUCUAGGUCACUUUCACCUUUAAUUGGAUCUGAGACUACACCUUUUCAUGCUGGUGGACAGUGGUCUGUACAGACUGAGCUUACAGAUGAAAACACCAUGCUUUUGGAGUCCCAACACCAUAAAGGAGCGGAUUCAUAUGUAGGAGUCCGGUAUAUUACAGAGGCCCUCAUCAAAAAAAUCACUAAACAAGACAAUUUGACCCUGGUACAUUCUCUGAACCUUUCACUUUCUAAAGAUGGUGGCAAGAAAUUUAGGUACAUCGAAAAUUUGGAGAAGUGUGUUAAACUUGAAGUACUGAAUCUCAGCUAUAAUCUAAUAGCAAAGAUUGAGAAAAUGGACAAGCUGCUAAGAUUACGUGAACUCAACUUAUCCUAUAACAAAAUCAGCAAGAUUGAAGGACUAGAAAACAUGUGUAAUCUGCAAAAGCUAAACCUAGCAGGGAAUGAAAUCGAGCACAUUCCAGUGUGGUUCGCAAAGAAGUUGAAAUCUUUGCGAGUCCUCAAUCUAAAGGGCAAUAAGAUAUCAUCGCUCCAGGAUGUAAGCAAGUUGAAACCACUACAAGAUUUGACUUCUCUAAUCCUCAUUGAGAAUCCAGUUGCGAGCCUUCCUCAUUACCUCCAGUUUACCGUUUUCCACCUUCGUUCCCUGGAAAGUUUGGAAGGUCAGCCAGUGACCACCCAGGACAGACAAGAGGCUUUCGAGAGAUUCAGUUUAGAAGAGGUCGAAAGACUGGAAAAGGCCCUGGAAAAGAAGACGGUGGAAACAGAAGAGCUUAAGAACAAACAAACAAAGUUUCUUGAAGAAAUUAAAAAUCAAGAUAAGCUAAAUAAGUCCUUAAAAGAAGAAGCCAUGUUGCAGAAACAGAGCUGUGAAGAGCUAGAAAGUGACCUCAGCACAAAAAACAAGUUGCUAAAACAGAAAACAAUGGAACUAACUCGAGCAUGUCAAAAGCAGUAUGAGCUGGAGCAGGAACUGGCCUUUUAUAAAAUUGAUGCUAAGUUUGAGCCACUAAAUUAUUAUCCAUCAGAGUAUGCUGAAAUUGAAAAAUCCCCAGAUGAAAGCCCUUAUAUUGGCAAAUCCAGAUACAAGAGAAACAUGUUUGCCACUGAGACUUACAUUGUCAGCGAUGCCCAGGCAGUUCAGAUCCAGAAGAUGACGUCAGGAGGACAGCUUAGACAUGAGCACGUGCCCCUGAGAGCCCAUGCAUCACCGGAUGUACAGUUGGAAGACACAGAAAAAAAAAUAAGUGCAGCACACAUUCGACUGUCAGAGCUCCAUCACGAAAUAGAAACAGCAGAGCAGAAAAUAUUACGGGCUACUCAAGAAUUAAAGCAGCUAGAAGAAGCUAUACAACAAAAAAAGAUUUCAGAAGCAGAGAAAGAUCUUCUUCUCAAGCAGUUGAGUGAUAGAAUACAACUUCUAAACAAAUUGCGCCAGGAGGCUCUGGAUCUAGAAAUGCAGAUGGAAAAGCAAAGGAAAGAAACAGCCGAAAAGCAGGAGGAGAUCAGCAACCUGCAACUAGCCAUAGAUAGCCUGGACUCCAAAGACCCAAAGCAUUCCCAUAUGAAAGCCCAGAAAAGGGGUAAAGAACAGCAGCUUGACAUUAUGAACAAGCAGUACAUACAACUGGAGAGCCGCUUGGAUGAGAUCCUUUCUAGAAUUGCCAAAGAGACUGAAGAGAUCAAGGAUCUUGAACAACAGCUUACUGAUGGCCAGAUAGCAGCAAAUGAAGCUCUGAAGAAGGAUUUAGAAGGUGUCAUCAGUGGGUUGCAAGAGUACCUGGGGACCAUCAAAGGCCAGGCAACUCAGGCUCAGAAUGAAUGCAGGAAGCUACAGGGUGAGAAAGAGACAUUGCUGCAGAGACUGACAGACGUCAAGCAGGAGAGGGAUGAACUGGAAAUAGUUGCCAUGGAUGCAGAAAAUAUGAGGAAGGAGCUUGCAGAGCUAGAAAGUGCCCUCCGGGAGCAGCGUGAGGUGAAUGCAUCCCUGCAGCAAGCCCAAGGAGAUCUCAGUGCCUACGAAGCUGAGCUGGAGACUCGGCUAAGACUAAAGGAUGCUGAAGCCAGCCAGCUCAAGGAGGAGCUGGAGAACCUCAAAAGGCUCACUCAGCUAGAGCAGUCUGUGCUUCAGACAGAGCUGGAGAAGGAAAGAGAGUCCCUCAGGGAUGUCCUGGGCAAAGCCCAGUCCUCGGAAGAGAAGCAACAGGAGAACAGCAAGCUCCGCACACAGCUUACAAAGCUGCAGGAUGACAACAGCCUAUUAAAGCAGCAGCUAAAAGAUUUCCAGAACCACCUCAACCAUGUGGUUGACGGUCUGAUUCAUCCAGAAGAAGUAGCAGCUCGUGUAGAUGAGCUAAGGAGAAAGUUGAAACUAGGAGCUGGAGAAAUGAGAAUCCAUAGUCCUUCAGAUAUCUUGGGGAAAAGUCUCGCUGAUCUACAGAAACAAUUCAGUGAAAUCCUUGCACGAUCUCAGUGGGAAAAAGAGGAAGCACAAGUUAGAGAGAGGAAACUCCAUGAAGAAAUGGUUCUCCAGCAAGAGAGACUGGCAAAUGGACAAGAGGAGUUCAGGCAGGCCUGCGAAAGAGCACUUGAAGCCAGAAUUAAGUUUGAUAAAAGGCAACAUAAUGCAAGAAUCCAGCAAUUAGAAAAUGAAAUUCACUAUUUGCAAGAAAACCUAAAAAGUAUGGAAGAAAUCCAAGGCCUUACAGACCUCCAGCUUCAGGAAGCAGAUGAAGAGAAGGAAAGAAUUCUGGCCCAACUCCAGGAGUUAGAGAAAAAGAAGAGGCGUGAAGACGCCAAAUCUCAGGAGCAGUUCCUUGGUCUAGAUCAAGAGCUGAAGAGUCUGAAGAAAGCUGUGGCUGCUUCUGAUAAACUAGCUGCAGCUGAGCUUACCAUCGCCAAAGACCAGCUCAAGUCUCUGCAUGGAACUGUCAUGAGAAUUAAUCAGGAGCGAGCAGAGGAGCUGCAGGAAGCAGAGAAGUUCAGCAGAAAGGCCACACAAGCAGCCAGAGACCUGACCCGGGCUGAAGCGGAGAUCGAGCUCCUGCAGCAUCUUCUCAGGGAGAGAGAGGGGCAGUUUCGCAUUGAGAUGGAGAAUGCAGAUGUAGGUUCAAAAGGAGCAACCUCACAGCUGCUGGAGAUGGAGACGCUGAACGAGGCCAUGGCAAAGCAAAGGGCUGAGAUCACAAGGCUUCGGGAUGUCCUAAACCUCACUGGGACUGAUAAUAAAGGAGGCAUUGAAAAUGUUUUAGAGGAAAUUGCUGAACUCCGGCAUGAAGUUUCUGCUCAGAAUGAGUACAUCAGCAACAUGACAGAUCCUUUCAAAAGACAAGGCUAUUGGUAUUUCAUACCACCACCGCCAUCAUCAAAAGUUUCCAGCCAUAGUUCUCAAGCCACCAAGGACUCUGGUUUGGGUCUAAAGUAUACAGCAUCUACUCCUCUUAGAAAACCACAGCCUGGACAGCAAGAAGAGAAGGACAACAGUGGACCUCUGCCUGCUUCAGGAUACUGGGUCUAUUCACCCAUCAGAAAUAGGUUGCAUAAGUCAUUUUCAAAUAGAGAAGAUGCGGACAGUGGAGGAGAUAGCCAGGAAGAGAGUGGACUGGAUGACCAGGAAGAUCCCUCAUUUGUGCCUCCUCCUGGGUACAUAAUGUAUACUGUGCUUCCUGAUGGGUCUCCGGUACCCCAGGGAAUGGCCUUGUAUGCACCAUCGCCUCCUUUGCCCAACAACAGUCAACCUCUGACCCCUGGCACUGUGGUUUAUGGCCCACCUCCUGCUGGGGCCCCCAUCAUAUGUGGACCUCCUCCCACCAACUUUGCUGUUCCCCUUGUCCCUGUGGGUGUGCAGCAUUGCAACGUCCCAGAGCACCAUAACCUAGAGAAUGAAGUGUCUAGACUGGAAGACAUAAUGCAGCAGCUAAAAUCAAAACGACGGGAAGAGCAGAGGCUGAAAACAUCCAAGCAGCAUUCUGAGAAAGAAGUAGAAGAGCUGCAUCGUAAUAUUGAUGACCUUUUGCAAGAGAAGAAGGAAUUAGAACAGGAAGUAGAAGAAUUGCACAGAACCAUCCAGAAACAUCAACAACGACAGGACUUCAUUGAUGGAAAUGUUGAGAAUCUUAUGACUGAACUAGAAAUAGAAAAGUCUCUCAAACGCCAUGAGGAUAUUGUUGAUGAGGUUGCAUGCAUAGAGAAGACUCUUCUGAAGCGGCGCUCGGAACUCAGGGAAGCUGACCGACUUCUGGCAGAGGCUGAGCAUGAGCUCUCCUGCACUAAGGAGAAGACAAAGAAUGCUGUUGAAAAGUUUGCUGAUGCUGAAAGAAAUCUAUUACAAGCCGAGUCAGAUGCUGAGGCUUUAGAAAAGAGAGCCCAAGAGACUGCAUUUAACCUCGUGAAAGCUGAGCAGCAACUGAGAUUGCUCCAGGCUGAUGCGGAGGACUUGGAGCAGCACAAAAUCAAACAAGAAGAAAUCUUGAAAGAAAUAAACAGAGUUAUAGUAGCCAAAGAUGCAGAUUUCCAGUGUCUGAGCAAGAAGAAGGAGAAACUGACAGAAGAGCUCCAGAGUCUGCAGACAGACAUUGAGACAGCGGAACACAAUGAGGACCACCACCUCCAGGUCCUUAAAGAGUCUGAGACUCUCCUUCAGGCCAAGAGAGCUGAACUGGAAACACUGAAAAGCCAGGUGACAAGCCAGCAGCAGGAGCUGGCUGUCCUAGACACUCAGUUGGGGCAUAGAAGGGAAGAGCUGCUCCUACUCCAGGACAGCCUGGGCCAGGCAAAAGCGGACCUCCAGGAAGCCCUGACACUGGGCGAGACAGAAGUCGCUGAGAAGUGCAGUCACAUCAGGGAAGUAAAAUCACUUCUGGAAGAGCUGAGUUUUCAGAAAGGAGAACUGAAUGUCCACAUCAGUGAAAAGAAGACUCAGCUCGCACUUAUAAAGCAGGAGAUGGAGAAAGAGGAAGAAAAUCUUCAGGUAGUUUUACAGCAGCUGUCAAAACAUAAGACUGAACUAAAGAAUGUUGCAGACAUACUGCAGCUUGAAAACAGUGCGCUUCAAGGUCUGAAGCUACAGCAUGACCAAAAGGUGACGGAGCUGGAGAAGACGCAGGUGGAUGUGCUGGAGGAGAAGCUGGAACUGGAGAAUUUGCAGCGGACAGCUGAGCAGCAGAGCAGGGAAAUCGAGUGGCAGAAGCAGCUCCUGGAGAGGGACAGGCGGGACCUGGAUCGAGUGAGGGCUGAGACCCAGGCACUGCAGUCAUGCAUCGAGUGUUUGACUAAAGAAAAGGAAGACCUCCGAGAGCAGUGUGAGACUUGGGAAAAGAAGUCUUCACACGCCAAAAGAGUUUUAGCAGCUACAGAAGAAAGCAACAGAAUGGAGCGGUCAAACUUAGGGACGCUAGAGCUGCGUGUCCAAGAGCUGCAGCAGGAGCUGGAGCACCUGAGCAGAGACAAGCUGGCCUUGCACAGCGACAUUUCCACAGUGCAGCAGCAGCUACAAGAUAAACGGGAAGCCAUAAUCUCCCUACAGGAGGAACUGAAUAGUACCCAAGACCAUUUGGACCUAGCAAAGCAGGACCUGCUCCACACCACCCAGCGCCAGAAUGCUCUGCUCAGUGAGCAGGGGCAGCUGCAGAAGGACAUCAGCAAAUGGAUUGCCAGGUUUGAGAGCUGCCAGAAAGAGGCGGAGAAUAAAGAACAGCAACUUCAGGAGCUUCAGAAUGAGAUCAGAGAGAGCAAGCUCCAGCUAGACCAGCAAGAAACGAUGUUCGAAAGGCUCCAGAAGGAAAGAGAAAGUGAGGAACAGAAGUUAGAGGCUGGUAAAGUUACACUGAGGCAGCAGCAAGAGCAGCUGGAGAAGGAGUUGACAGAGCAGAAAACCAGACUGGAGCAGCUGCUCACAGACGUGACGGCCGCUGAAGGACGCCUCAGGACCCUGCAGGAAGAGGAGCGGUGCAGUGAGAGCCUGGAGAAGACGCUCUCCCAGGCCAAACAGCAGCUUUCAGAACGGGAGCAGCAGCUGAUGGAGAAAUCAAGUGAGCUGUUGGCCCUGCAGAAGGAGGCGGACGCUAUGAGGGCAGAUUUCAGCCUACUGCGAAACCAGUUCUUAACAGAAAGGAAAAAGGCAGAGAAGCAGGUGACUGGCCUAAAGGAAGCUCUAAAGAACCAGAGGAGCCAGCUGGAGAAGAACCUUCUGGAGCAAAAGCAGGAGAAUAGUUGCAUGCAAAAGGAAAUGGCCACAAUUGAACUGGUGGCCCAGGACAACCACGAGCGAGCCAGGCGCCUCAUGAAGGAGCUCAGCCAGAUGCAGCACGAGUACCUGGAGCUCAAGAAACAGAUGGCAAACCAAAAGGAUCUGGAGAGAAGGCAAAUGGAGAUCAGUGAUGCAAUGAGGACACUUAAGUCUGAGGUGAAAGAUGAAAUCAGAACCAGUCUGAAGAACCUCAACCAGUUUCUCCCAGAACUACCAGCGGAUCUAGCAGCUAUUUUGGAAAGAAACGAAAACUUAGGAGCAUUGGAAAGCUUGAAAGAGAACUUCCCAUUCACCACGAAUGAGAGACUUUUUGAAGAAAAAUCCAACUUUUCCCAUGUUCACAUCAUGGAUGAACACUGGCGUGGAGAAGCACUCCGUGAGAGACUGCGCCACCGUGAAGAUCGACUCAAGGCUCAACUUCGACACUGUAUGUCUAAGCAAGCAGAAGUAUUAAUCAAAGGGAAGCAGCAGACAGAGGGCACCUUACACAGUCUGAGGAGACAAGUCGAUGCGUUAGGAGAACUGGUCACUAGUACUUCUGUAGACUCGUCAUCACCCAGUCUGUCUCAUCUAGAAUCAUCCCUUGUGGAGGACUCCCAGCUUGGACAAAGUCAGGGUCCAUCAAAACCACACAGUUACCACCUCUGAGUUUCCUGCUUGAAGGGAAAAGAAGCUUCAGCCGAGGUCAGGAAUACAGUCGUGUGUGAACAAAGAGGAAAUGCCUACUCUACCUCAUUGACUUCCUAAUUGGAACGUCAGUUUAUUACCAAGACCCUGUGAAUCAAAGACUGAAAAUGCGUUGUAGUUUGUGUUUGUACUGUUUAUACUGCAGUUUUUGUAAAUUACAUGUACUUGUGGGACAAGAUGUGGAUAGUCUAAACCAGAAUGUAAGGGGGGUAUUUUUAUUUUUCUCCCCCAGUCUUGCUAUGUUUUUGUUCUCCCAGUGAAUUUUUAACCACAUACCCUGAAUCCAUAACUGGUAUGUCUAGUUACCAUGAAAAAGAAUGUACUAAAAGUCCCAAGACUUAAGUUAUUUUUAGAUUCUGAUCAGAAAUCUAUUUUUAAUAUGAAAAUAAAAGAUACUGUCAACUUGG